GCAUCGUGAAGUUCAAUAACUCGCGGACUCUCGGUGCUGAUUCCUUCAUCACAACAGAUCGCACGGUACAAAAAGGCAGAGUAGGAGAAAGGAGGGAAAACAAUCGUACUCGCAAAAUCAGACUCGAUGAAAGCCAUGGAAUCGGAGUGGGACCCAUUGGAUGAGCCUCCAUCACCGCCGUGCUAUUCUUCGGUGUUCGAGAGGGAUCGGCACAUCAGUUUCUUGGAGAUGAUGUACCAUCUGUUGCCGUCGCCUUACCAGGACCAGGAGAUCAACCACCUUACCCUCGCCUACUUCAUCAUCUCCGGUCUCGACCUCCUCUCCGCGCUUGAUCGUGUCGACAGGGAUGCGGUUGUCAGCUGGGUUUUAUCCUUUCGAGCUCUCCCACAAAAUAAAGGUGUACCGAAUGAUGGACAAUUUUAUGGGUUCAAUGGUUCAAAAACUUCUCAGUUUCCUCCCGACAAUAAUGGGGUUUUGAAUCGUAAUGGUAGUCAUUUGGCAAGCACGUACAGUGCUCUAGCCAUACUAAAAAUUGUUGGCUAUGACUUCUCAAGUAUCGACUCUGAAACAAUGUUGACGUCAAUGAGAAACCUCCAGCAGCCUGAUGGGAGUUUUAUGCCCAUCCACAUUGGGGCCGAGACAGAUCUUCGGUUUGUUUAUUGUGCUGUUGCCAUCUGUUUUAUGUUUGAGGAUUGGAGGGGCAUGGAUAAGGAGAAAGCAAAGGAGUACAUAAUAAAUUGUCAGUCAUACGAUGGAGGGUUUGGAUUGAGACCUGGUUCAGAAUCUCAUGGUGGGGCAACAUACUGUGCGGUUGCAUCUCUCCGACUAAUGGGAUUCAUUGGAGAUGAUCUUCUGUCCAAUAGUUCGACAUCUUCAAUCGUAAAUGUGCCAUUGCUGCUGGAUUGGAUCUUGCAGAGGCAGGCAACUAAUGGUGGUUUUCAAGGUCGACCCAACAAAGAUAGUGAUACUUGUUAUGCAUUUUGGAUUGGAGCAGUUUUACGAAUCUUAGGGGGCCACAAAUUGAUUGAUGAAAAAGCUUUACGUGGAUUUUUGCUGACUUGUCAAUCUGAGUAUGGAGGUUUAAGUAAGUUCCCUGGGCAACUGCCAGAUUUGUACCACUCCUACUAUGGAUUUACAGCAUUCAGCCUCUUGGGAGAAUUAGGUAUGAACUCGCUUUGUGUUGAGUUGGGAAUGACAGAUCUGGCUGCCACAGGGCCAUGACUUGAUACCGAGGUUGGCUUUGUGACAGUCAUCCGGAAUUGGCUGCCCUGACAUACCAAAUUGGGCAAACGCUGUUGGUUUUUGAAUUUAAGUGAGAGAGCUUCUUUUUCCAUUUAAUGUAGAUUUACUCAUGAGAUGUAAUCUUGUAUUUGUAUGGUCUAAAACAUUUUUAUUGUGUGUAAAGCAUAGAAUGGAAUUGCCCUGUGGUUUACAUUGUCAGGAUCA